AUGAAUAGCAUAUCACGAGAAAUAACUGAAACACCACCAGUUUCAAAACAACAUACACCGGCAAUAUUCACUUCAUUUGAAGACAAGACAGAAGAAGCUGUUUCCAAAUUCACCGAGAUUCCAAUAUGUACAUAUUUAUCCAAACAACUUGGAUCUUCUCAAUUACAAGAAAAUAUGACAUGUGAUUGUCAAGAAGAAUGGGACCCUGAUUUACAAAUGAAUUUAGCAUGUAAUGAAGAAUCUCAUUGUAUUAAUCGUGUCACAAGUGUUGAAUGUAUGAAUCGACAUUGUUUAUGUGGGAAUGAUUGUCAAAAUCAACGAUUUCAACGAAGAGAAUAUGCAAAAGUUUCAGUAUUUCAAACUGAAUUAAAAGGUUAUGGACUUAGAGCAGAUUCAUCAAUUAAUGAAAAUCAAUUUAUUUAUGAAUAUGUUGGAGAAGUAAUUGAUGAAGUUACAUUUAGAACAAGAAUGGUUGAAUAUGAUCAAUUGAAAUUUAAACAUUUUUAUUUUAUGAUGUUAAAAUCAGAUUCAUUUAUAGAUGCCACGGUUAAAGGUUCUUUAGCAAGAUUUAUUAAUCAUUCUUGUAAUCCAAAUGCUUAUGUUGAUAAAUGGGUAGUUGGUGAUAAAUUAAGAAUGGGGAUUUUUGCUAAACGAAAAAUUUUAAAAGGUGAAGAAAUCACUUUUGAUUAUAAUGUUGAUAGAUAUGGUGCUCAAUCUCAACCUUGUUAUUGUGGUGAACCUAAUUGUAUUAAAUUUAUGGGUGGAAAAACUCAAACAGACGCCGCAUUAUUAUUACCUGAAGGAAUUGCUGAUGCUUUGGGAGUUUCUGCUAAAGAUGAAAGACAAUGGUUAAAAGAAAAUAAACAUUUACGUACUAAUCAACAAAGUGAUGAUUCAAAUAUAAAUGAAGAAUUUAUUAAAGGGUUAGAACUAAGACCGUUACAAUCUGAAGUGGAUGUUUCUCGAGUAAUGAGUGCAUUAAUGAAGUCUCAAGAUUUAUUAAUUUCUAAAAAAUUAAUUCAAAGAUUGCAUAUGACUGAAGAUCCAAAUAUUAAUUUAUUAAUUAUUAAAUUUCAUGGAUAUAAAACAUUAUCAAAUAUGCUUAAAGAAUAUUCUAAUAAAGAUGGUGAUUCAAUUGUGGAAAUGAUUUUAGAAAUUUUAUCAAAAUGGCCAAAAGUUACUCGUAAUAAAAUUUCAUCAUCUCAAAUUGAAGAUGUCAUUAAACAAAUUCAAUCAACAACUAAAAACAAAACAAUCAAAUCAUUAGCCACUGAUUUAUUGAAAGAAUGGUCCAAAUUACAAAUGGCAUAUCGUAUACCAAAAGGUGGUGCCUCCUUAACCACUUCAUAUACUUCACGUAUUUCCCGUUCUCCAGACCGAGAGGACCGUCAUGACCAGGAACAAGAAGACCUUCAAGCAGAUCAACAACAACAGCUGCUGCUGCCUCAGCAACAGCAACAAUACGUACAAGAUCUGCAACAGCCAAUAAAACUUGAAGAGGACCUUCCUGAAGGUUGGGAAGUGGCAUUUGAUCCAAGAACAAGAAGUAAAUAUUAUUAUCAUCGUAUGUUACAAAUUUCUCGAUGGGAUAGGCCGGCGGCUUCUGUUCCUCGAGGUCCAAAGCCACCAACUGGUCCCCGUCCACCCAUUGGACCUGCAGCUACGAUUAAUAGUGGUGGUAAUAAUUUGGGUGGUAAUACUAUGGGUGGUGAUUUUAGACGUUCAGGAAGUGUUACCCUAAGUGAAUCAGAAUUGGCCAAACGAGAAGAAUUAAGAAUUGCCAGGGAAAAACGUCAACAAUAUCGUGCAUUACAAGAGAAAGAAAGACAAUUACAAGAAUUGAUUGCUCAGAAUCGCGAAAUAGAAAGAAGAAAACAAGAAGAAAUGGUUGCUGCAGCAGCGGCGGCAGCAGCAGCUGCUGGGGCUUCUUCUUCUUCUUCUUCUUCGAGAAAGGGUAAAAAGUCAAGUUCAACAAAUGGAAAAAACAAGCAUCAUUCUCAUCAUGAAGAAAUUUCUGUAGAAGCUAAAUGGAAAUAUGUUUUAGCUAAACAUAUUCCCAAUUUAAUCAAAAAAUAUGAGAAAGAAAUAGGAAGAGAUAAUAUUAAAGGAUGUGCUCGUGAUUUGGUGAAUAUAUUAGCCAAUAAGGAGGCUAAAAAGGAUCCUGAACAAUCACCACCUAAAGAAUUAGACAAUCAUAAAUUGAAAAAAAUUAAAGAUUAUUCCAAGACAUUUAUGGAGAAAUUUUUAAUUAAAUAUAGAUCUAAGAAAGAUAAAAAGAGAUCUUAUGAAGAAGUUACCAAUGAUAGUGAAGCUGUUGGAGACGAAGCCGUGAAACGUGCAAAAGUGUAA